AUGAAUGAGCUGUGUUGCAAAUCGAGCAAAGGAAACCUUAUGGGAAGAAAUGAAAAUUUAUUAAAGCUAAACCGUUUUCUCAAAUUUUCUUUCUUCUCUUUUGAAAAAUCCUAUAUUUUCAUACCAUCUUAUCACCUUGACCCCAGAUCUUUUGUACUUACUACAACCAUGAAUAAUCGAUUCCAACAGAACCUAGAACAGCAGCUAGUUCUGCAGGAAAAGAAAGGCCAACACAGAAGAACAGUAGAUCAUGGUAAUAAUAUGUCUCGCUGGUACCUUCAGCGGUCGCUUGGUCAAACAAAGCAAAACAUUGGCGUGAUACGACCAGAAUCAUCGUACCUCAUCGAUCUACUUCCAUCUCUUGCAUACUCGCGUGAUUCCACUGCGGCGAAUCCUGCUGUCCUAGACAUUCAGUCGAAAUUCGUUCAUUUGUCGCUGAAUAAGGCCAGGCACUCCAUCAACACAGUGAAAUGGACUCCAGAGGGAAGAAGAUUGGUUGUGGCCUCUCACAGUGGAGAAUUCACCAUCUGGAACGGAAUGACAUUCAAUUUCGAAACAAUCAUGCAGGCCCAUGAUACAGCAGUGCUUGCCUUGAAGUACUCACACAAUGAUGAAUGGCUUUUGUCAGGAGACCAGGACGGUUCUAUCAAGUAUUGGCAACCGAACUUUAAUAAUGUUAAUAUAAUCCAGGGUCACAAAGAUGCUAUUCGUGACAUUGCCUUUUCGCCAAAUGACUCUAAAUUUCUUACAGCUUCUGAUGACUCUACAAUGAAAAUCUGGAACUUCAACAAUGGUAAGGAGGAGCGCACUCUUACGGGACACCAUUGGGAUGUGAAGUGCGCCGACUGGCAUCCUUCUUUAGGUUUAAUUGUUUCAGGAUCCAAGGAUAACUUGUUGAAACUCUGGGACCCUCGUGUGGCAACAGCCAUCUCGACUCUUCAUGGGUUCAAACACACAAUCACAAAAACAAAGUUUCAGAAAGUGGGCACAAACAGACUCCUUGCUUCUGUUUCAAGAGAUAGAUCAUGCAGAAUCUUUGACCUCCGAACUAUGUCUGACUUCAAAGUCAUUCGUGAUAAUGAAACAGACUUGUCAUGCGUCGAGUGGCACCCAGUUCAUGGUUCCCUCCUUACCACAGCAGCAUAUGAUGGCUCAAUGAAUCAUUACAUCGUUGACCGAUACAUUCCAGAGCCCACAGAGGACGGUGGUCCUCCAGGUGGAGCGGAGGCCAUUCAUAAAAUUCCAUUCGCACACGAAAAGGCUAUUCACGCUCUAGAAUAUCAUCCUUUGGGCCAUUUGCUUUGCUCAGCGGGCCUCGAUAGAUCGGCAAGAUUCUGGUCGCGUGCAAGACCAAAUGACCCCAUGGCCUUCAAAGAUCCAUUGUACACCAACGACAAGAAUGGUGCCUGGUACUAUGGUGUCAACAACAAUGUCAACGCAGUGCUAGAAGAUACUACUCUGGCUACAACAGAUGCGGCAGGCCCACCGGGAUCCAACUUUGGUUAUGUACCAGGUCUCAACAACCUCUCUGGUCACAACUCGAACGGGAUUCCCGGUAUUCCUGGUAUUCCUGGACUUGACAAUUCUGCAUACUCUCACUAA